AUGGUAACAGUCUGCAGGGCUGCAUCGGGGGGCGUGCCAGCCAUCCGGUCCGAUGACCAGCAGUUCCCGUGUCUAGCGCCGGCGACGAGUCCACUUCUGGACGACACCAAAUUUGACAACCUGCGGAAAAUCAGUCGUAGUGCAAAGCGGCACGCGCCCGGCGUCGAUGUUUGGUUGCCAAAUAUCCCUCUUAUCCUCGUUACCAUGAUGAUCUGA